AUGGCGUCGAAGGGGGAUAAAAGAAGGGGAAAUUUAGCAGUGUCCGAGGUUUCUGAAUCGUCUUCCUAUGUGUUUGAUGGCGAAAUGGCUAAUGCUGUGGCUACAGUAAUUAGAGCUCCACACAAGGAUUUCAUGGUGGUUAGACAAGAAUGGGCUGCUGUUCGAAUUCAGUCUAUGUUUCGAGCUUUUCUGGCAAAACGUGCCUUAAGGGCGUUGAGAGCAUUAGUUAGACUACAAGCUAUAGUUCGAGGUCGACUGGUUAGGAAGCAAGCCGAUGUAACACUUAGAUGCAUGCAGGCUCUUGUUAGAGUUCAGGCCCGAGUUAGGUCUCACUGCAUUCAAACAUCGGUCGAGGGGGAGGUCACAAAGAAUCAUGCCGAAGCUGAUCCUCUUAAGAAGGCUGAGCAGUUGAGAGAAAAACCAGUCUCAAAUUCUAGAACAAACAAAAUGGCUACUCCAAAGAAGGUGGAUAAGAAUAGUUCAAGACACGAUUGGUUAGACCAGUGGAUGGAAACGAAGCCAUGGGAGACUAGGUUGAUUGAAGAACUCAACGACUCAUCAGACACAACACCGAUUUCUACGAAAUAUGAAGAUUGUAUUGCUGAAUUGCUUUCAAGUUCGUCAGAUCAUGAUUCAGUGAGAAUAAGACGCAAUUACAUUUCUACGAAAAAAUCCUCUAGAGUUCCAAUAAGUUGUCAAAUUACUUGCUCCCCUUCUGAUCAAUGUACUGAAUUUCCAUAUGAUAAGAGUACAACGUCAAAUUCAUCCACAACUACUUCUGAGGGACAGGGCACUAAUCCCAGCUACAUGAGUUUAAGAGAAUCAAUCAAGGCUAAGCAGAAACCACAUGCUUAUUUGUCAAACACUCAUAAUAUGCAGAGGCGUUCUUAUGAGGAUUUACAAUAUCGUAGAAAACCAAGUUCACUUUCGAGGGGUGUAACUCAGAGAAGUACUGAUACUAAUUGUUCAGUUGAUUUGUGUCGGGAUCUCUAUACAGUGCAUAGGAGUACGAUGGGGUGA